AUGCCACAAAUUGUGCCAAAGAUGCUGUCGGUAGUACUAUCAGCAGCGCUUCUGCUAAAGUCAGCAUCAGCCCAAGCCCUAUCAUACGACUCUCAACAUCAGCUCUAUCCACGCCAAACCAGCACCAACAGCUCCUCAUGGCCAUAUGGACCUUUCAGCACUCGCGGUCGCGACAUCGUCAAUUCUCGCGGCGAAGCUGUAACAUGGGCGGGUGUCAACUGGCCAGGUAGUGGCGAGACAAUGGUGCCAGAAGGCCUUGAGUGGGCCUCAGUCGAGGACAUUGUGGACCAGAUCACCAGUGUUGGCUUUAACUUCAUUCGUCUGACCUAUGCGGAUGAGAUGAUAAACCAGAUUUACGCCCGCAACGGAUCAGACAUACCUCUGGAAGUGGCCAUGAUCAACGGUCUUGGCUACGAGAAUGGCACGAAAGUCACCAACGAGAUCAUUGCGCGCAACCCAGGCUGGUCGAAGGACACGACGAGGUUCGAGAUCUGGGAUAAGAUCGCCCAGGUCGCAGCGAGCAAGCAAAUCUACAUCCACCCGGAUGUGCACGUGGGCAAGGCUCAGUGGUGUUGCAACAACACAGACGGCAACGCUUGGUUCGAUGACUACAAUUUCCCCGUCGACAACUGGAAGCGUGGCCUUCAGUACAUCGCAAACUGGGCCCAAGGCCAUGAGAACGUCGUAUCGAUGUCCCUUCGAAACGAGCUCCGCAGAGCCAUCAACGUCACUUCUCCCACCUCAACGAUUGGAUACAACUGGCUGAGUCUGGUGGGAAACUACACAUCCGCCACCGAUGCCAUCUACGAGACGAACCCGGAUAUUCUGGUGACCUGGUCUGGUAUGCAGUACGACCAAGACCUGUCAGCCUUGACCACUGGACUGAACCUCAACACGGCGCCUUGCUAUAAAUGCGACGCGGUGCGCGAUGGUGUUCGUCGGGAGCCCAUGUUCUUCGACCUGGCGUCACAUCCCUGGGCUGACAAAGUUGUUUGGGAGCUGCAUCUCUACUCUAUGUCCGAGAACCUCGACACCGGAAACUGUCCCAUCAUCGAAGCGGAACUGUACCAAUCUGGCUUCAAUGCACUCGGCAUUGAUAAGCCUGCUGCGUGCAAUAUCACGGGAGAUUGUCCGGAAGCCGUAAGGCAGACUCCGGUGAUCAUGUCUGAGUUUGGGUGGGCGCAGGAUCAGACAUUGUUCAACGACACCCUGCAGGGAUGUAUUCGUAAUUUCACGACUGCGCAUAACAUCAGCUGGGCGAUGUGGAGUUUGGCAGGGAGCUACAGGAUAAGGUCUGGAGGCCAGGGUGUGCCGGACACGUGGGCGUUGACGAACUAUGAGUGGAAUGGAUGGCAGUUUCCAGAGGGUAUUGAGAGGUGGUGGAAGCCUUGGGUUAGUGCUAUGUUGAGAUAG